UGCUAACGGUUUGCUAUGAGCUUUGAUGGCCACCGUCAACCCCUCAAGCUCCGCAAAUUCAUUAAAAUAAUUUACGCAAUUUAGCUUUGUUUAUUGACUUUCCAAUCAGUUAGUACUCGCAUCUGUUUUGCGUAAAAAAAAAAUCUUGUCUGGAGAAGCCAUGAAGUUUACAAUGUUACACUUUUCCAGGAAGGAAGAAACUUCGUGAAAGGCUCUACUAACUAUAAAACGUUCGUUUCUACCUCUAUUAAAUUCUGUUCUUAGCAUAUUGAUAAAGAGAUGCACAAGACAAACCAGUCGUGCUAAACAAGAAGAACCGUACAGAGAAUACCUUCUUGCAUUGUAUUUUUUGAAAUAAAUACAAUAACGCACCAUACUAACCUUCUGUAGACGGUAAACGUAAUAAUGUUAAAUUCAGUUCUUCGCUUUGUGUUUGAUGCCGUGGAGCAGUUUUCCCAGAGUUCGGAUUUUUCUGAUUUUGUCCAAAAGCUUCCUCAUUUUUUCGCCCUGGUCUCUGUUCUGCUGGGGGGUGUGGUUUUCUUUGUUGUUGUUUUGCUCAAGAAAAGAGGCCAGCGUGGUACCGCGUCCUGCUUUCCCGUUGAUUACAGCACAGACCUUUCAAUUGAAGAAGUGGUACAGAACAAAUACUUUGCUGAAAUUAACGGAAAGAGGAGACACCGGGAUGAACUGACAAAGAAAAAAAGAAAAGAAAAGGGGAUGGAAUCAGUGAAUGGACAGCCCCCCAUUGCUCCAGAAACCAGAACAUCAAUGGAGGACAGCAUACAGAGCGCCACUGUUGACAAGCAAAUGAAGCCCAAGAAAAAGAAGAGAAAGACGGAACUUGUGGUAAAGAAGCUUUCAAAGGGACUUGCGUCUGACAAAGAGAAGAAUGACGAAGAAGAGGCGGGUGUGUGGGUUACAAAAAUCAGCAGUCGAGAGAAGAGACAGCUGAAGAAGGAGCGCAUGAAACAGAAGGAUACUGCAAAAGCUGUAUCCCCUGAGGCCCUAGCUUGGGGUGAUGAUGCUGAUAAAGAAACUGAAUGGCAGGCCUCACCUCAGAGUGCGGACCCUGACACUGGGGGUUGGGGGGAGGCUGAUGGCAAAAUGCAAGACUGCGUAUGGAGAGAGUUGAAGCCCCAGGACGCCUUGCAGACAAGCCAGAGACCAGUGGAAUGGGCGCCACCAGGAAAGCCAGAAGAGGAUAUCUUUUCCCAUGUAGGAACAUGGAAUGUGAAAGAUGCAAACAUGGAGCCUGUGACUUUUGGGACUCUGUCUGACUUGUCCUGUGAAUUAGUCCAGACAGUAUCUCAUCACAACAAACUAGUCCGUCCCACUGCCUGCGGAGUGGUAAGCUACCCAACUUUAGUGGAUGAAGCUUGGCUUGGAUUAGUGGAUCCUUUUGUCAUCGACCAAAACUCAGAUUGGAGCCCUCCUGCUGAGGAGUGGGGUAACUGGACAGGAGAGUCCAUCUCACUGGCACAACCGCAGACAGCUAACGAGAAGCAGCAGGUACAGGGGUCUGGAAGAGCACGGGAAGAGAACCUGAAGGGAGAUGUUUCAGUGAACCCGUCUCAGUGGGCAGCAGGAGGUUCUCCAGGAAACACACACAUGGAGUACAAGAGUUUAGUUGGACCGGUGUCUGCUGACAGUCAAGACACCAAGAAGGAAAGAAAGAAGAAAAAGAAAACAGAAAGAAACCUGAUAUAGUAUUCCGGCAAAGCGCAAGGGAUCAAAAUCGCAUUGUGUGGUUGCUAAGUUAUCUGCAAUGGCUCUGCUUUAGGAAGUGCUGCACUAAGCCCAAUCCAACAUCCAGAAUGCCAGAGAGACACUUGAAAGUGAGAGAGUUUAAGGAAGUAAAGAAGAUCAGACUGGCGCUUCUAGGUGUGCAGAUACAACUGCUCAGAGCUUAUUAACCCCAGAGAUUCAACUGGGAUUUUGUUUUCUAAUAAAUUGGUUCAAAGGUAACAGUAGUGUCCUCCUGUAUUGUAGGAGUCACCAUGUUUGUCAUGACAGUAAAACAUUAGUUUUUAUGUUAUUAUUAUUUGUUUAUUUAACAGACGGCUUUAUCCAAGGCGACUUACAGAGACUAGGGUAUGUGAACUAUGCAUCAGCUGCAGAGUCACUUAUAAUUAUGUCUCACCCAAAAGACGGAGCACAAGGAGGUUAAGUGACUUGCUCAGUCACACAAUGAAAAGUGAAGUUACUGUAGGUAACCAGAUACAUUUGUCCCAUUUUAUCAUAGUGAGAAAUAUGUUAAAAGCGAAGAAAUACAUUUCAGAAUAUUCAUUUUCAUGUCCAUUUUCAUGGCAGCUUAUUGUCCUGUUUCAAUGAGUAACUUGUUUGUUUAGUUGAUUUUUAUCUACACCUCAUCCCUUAUUUUCUGUAUUAAGAUGUGUUUAUAGGGCUGUAAAUUAAUAAUUAGUUCCUCAGGAAAAACACCAAUGCAACUUUUUUAUUAUUGCAGUAUAGUCCACCAUUGAUUUUAUAGCAUUAAAAUGCACUUCCUUCUGUUUAUUAUUAUUUAAGAUAUGCAUGGCAACGAUGGGAAACAGUAUGUCUGUUCUUUCAUGGAAAAAAUUGUGUAAUAAUGUAAAAAUCUUUGUAUUUUUAUUUUUUUUUACUUAACAUUUUUGAUAUUCAGUAAAGUCCCUAUUAUUAAAUCAGUUCAAAUACAUACUGCAGCUUUUUAUUUCUGUUGAAAUUAUUUCUCUUUUAGUUUCCAAAGAUUGCUUUUCAGUGUGAUGUGUGAAAUAUAAAUUAGGUGAAUCCUU